GAAGGAACGCUCGGAAGAUGAAGCCGCGGCAGGAAGGGAUGGGAGAAUCCCUGGGGGCACAGACGCCGCCCACACAGCUGGGCGCCGCGGGAUCCCGCAGGGCAGGGGUGGGCGCCGGGGCCCGUGCCCUGGGAGCUCUGCGGCUGCGGAAUGGGCCUCUGGGGGACGAGCGCAGCCUUACCUGUCCGGGCGCUCACCUGACGGCCAGCUUGGAUGUGGCGGCGCCGCCACCUGGAUAACCAUACCCUUGAAGACAUCCCUGCCAUCCUGCCUCCCUGCUAGAGACACUGCCUGGUCCCCCUCCAUUCUCCAGCCUCCCAGCCCCCUCCUGCUGUUCCUGACAGAAUUUGAUCUACUUUAGACUCCUCCCCCCACUCCCUCUCUGCCCCCCCGACCCCCCCUACCAUGCACCCCCUUCCCCUCUGCUGGUCCUGCUGCUGUCUGCUCCUCCUUUUCUCCCUGGGAGUCCAGGGGGCCCCAGUGGCUCCCAGCGCUGCCCCUGAGCAAGUUCACCUGUCUUACCCAGGUGAGCCAGGCUCCAUGACUGUAACCUGGACCACAUGGGUCCCAACCCACUCUGAAGUGCAGUUUGGAACGCAGGCAGCAGGACCCCUGCUCCUCCGGGCCCAGGGCACCGUCAGCACCUUUGUAGACGGCGGCAUUCUCCGGCGGAAGCUCUAUAUGCACCGAGUCACGCUGCGAGGGCUGCUGCCGGGAGUUCAGUAUGUUUACCGCUGUGGAAGUUCUCAGGGUUGGAGCCGUCGUUUCCGCUUCAGGGCCCUGGAGAAUGGGCCCAACUGGAGCCCCCGUCUGGCUGUGUUUGGGGACCUGGGGGCUGAUAACCCCAAGGCCCUACCGCGGCUGCGCAGGGACACCCAGCAGGGCAUGUACGACGCUGUUCUCCACGUGGGAGACUUUGCCUACAACAUGGAUCAGGACAACGCUCGCGUCGGGGACAGGUUCAUGCGACUCAUCGAACCUGUGGCUGCCAGCCUGCCAUACAUGACAUGCCCUGGGAAUCAUGAAGAACGCUACAACUUCUCUAACUACAAGGCUCGCUUCAGCAUGCCAGGGAACACCGAAGGCCUGUGGUACAGCUGGGAUCUGGGCCCGGCACACAUUGUCUCCUUCUCCACUGAGGUAUAUUUCUUUCUCCAUUACGGCCGCCACCUGGUAGAGAGACAAUUUCACUGGCUGGAGAGCGACCUCCAGAAAGCUAAUAAGAACCGGGCUGUCCGGCCAUGGAUCAUUACCAUGGGUCAUCGGCCCAUGUACUGUUCCAAUGCUGAUUUGGAUGACUGUACAUGGCAUGAAAGCAAGGUUCGCAAAGGCCUACUCGGCAAGUUAUUUGGGUUGGAGGAUCUAUUCUACAAAUAUGGGGUUGACCUGCAGCUGUGGGCUCAUGAACACUCAUAUGAACGGCUGUGGCCAAUUUACAACUACCAGGUACUAAAUGGCAGCCAAGAGAUGCCCUACACCAACCCUCGAGGCCCUGUCCACAUCAUCACAGGAUCUGCUGAUCCCACCCUGUAGUAAUUGUGGCUCUUCCGUCUCCUCCAACCUGGGACAGUUCCUCAGCCUUUCCUUAUCUUUUAUCCUUUGCAUUUCUGAAGACUCCUGGCCAGCUGCUUUGUAAAGUGCCCCUUGAUUUGGGAUUGUGUGAUAUUUUCUUAGGCUGAGAUUCGGGUUAUUCAUAUUGGGCAAGACUGUCACAGAAGCAACAUUGUGGCCUCUCGGUGUGUCACACUUGGGGGUACAUGUCAUCUGUGUGUCCCACUACUGGACAUGCUUCUCUGAAUUGCCUGGUUAAGAAGUGUCUGCUGAUUCCUCCACCAGAAAGUCAUUAUAUUUCCUUUUAAUUAAUAAAUAUCUUUGAGGAGAUACGUUUAAGCCAUAAAAAUGUCCUGUCUGUCCUCAAACUUGCCCCCACUAAUUUUUGAAUCCAUCAGUGGGUCUCGCCUGCUACAAUUACUGUGGUGUUCUAAUGAGGAUCUCCUAGCUCCCUCCGUCCUCCUAGACUCAUUAAUUAAAAUCCUCCUGUGAGAAAGAGCUGUCCCUUCUGUCCCAUUUAUGUAGCUAGUUAGUUAUUGAUUUAUAUCAGUAUGGACUCAUGGGUAAUUAGUUUGUUCUGUGGGCUAUAAUCCAAUACCAUUGUUUUUAUGUUGCUGCUCAAAUUGCUCCAGCUUUGGCCAUUGGGAGCUCUUCAGGCGGCCUCGUGUCCUUUCCACGUGCUCCUGUCAUUUUGUGAGCACUUCACUACCUUUUGGCCCUACGGGGUACUAUAGUAUCAUCUGUUUUUUUCCCUGCCCCCACCUUGGCAUCAGUCACUUCCCCAAGAGGGCUUAUUUUUUAAUCUGGUUCUUACAAAUUAGUAAGAGCGAACGAAGAUCAAGUCAGUAAUAACCACUUGUGAUAAAAAUUCAAACAGUACAGAGGGCAGGCAUGACCACCAGCCAUCCACACCCCUUCUUAGUCCCACUCUGUUGUCUCUUGGGUGGUGCUUUAGAACAUUCCCUAUAUCUGCAAAUGAGUAAUUGUCACGGUAGAGAUAUGUUACAUUUCUCCCACUUUUAAAAAGCAGCUUGGAUCAUGCUUCAUACCCAAGGGGUUGUUCUCAACCUUGGUUCUCAUUAGAAUUACAUGGGGAGGUUUUAAAACCCAAAUGCCUGGGCCAUAUCCCAGAAUAAACACCUGACACUCUGAGGGCGGGCCUUGGAAUUGCAUGCCACUGGGUAGCCACCACCCGGAGCAGGAAAUAGAAUGUUUUCAGCACCAGAUGGCUCCUCAUGCUUAUAGGUGAUUGUUAUUCUGACCUAUCAACAUAAAUUAGCUUUUAUCCUUAAUUUUAAAUUUUGAAAUUAUUCAGGAAAGCUGAAAAAAUACAAAGACUUUACAUAUCUCCUUUACUGACAUUUCCCAAAUGUGAACAUUUAACUGCACUUGUUUAAUCCCUCUGUUUCUUUCUCUAUCCAUUUCUCUAAAUAUUUUAUCAUUAUUUUCAGGUCCAGUGGAGAAAGUUGCAGAAGUGAUGCCCUUUACCCCCUCUGUCUGUAUUUCCUAAAAAAAAUAAAAGGGCAUUCUCUUACAUUAUUACAGUAUAAUAAUCAAAUUCAAGGAAUUAACAUUGAUAAUAUACAUUACCUAAUCUACAGACCGUAUUCAGAUUUAGCCAAUUGUCCUGUUCAUGUCCUUUCAAUCAAAGCAAAGCCUUGUGGUUUUUUUCUGGUCCAGGAUCUAGUUUAGGAUCACACAUUCUAUUUUGGUGUCUUGUUUUGUCUUUAGCUUCCUUUAAUUGGAAACCUUUCCCUGCUCUAUCUUCCUUUUUCACGACCUUGAAAAAUGUGAAGAGUACAGUGAAAUUGUUUCGUAAACUCUCUCACCAUUUGGGUUUAUCUGAUGUUUACUGGUAAUGAGAUGGAAGUUAUGCAUAUUCGGGAAGAACACACAAAAGUCACACCGUGUUCUCAGUGCAUCCCGCCAGGAGGCACAUGGUAUCUGUCUAACACCUUUAAGCCUCAGUUUCCCAUGGCAUAAAUGUGGGAUGGAUCUGUCUCAUUACUGAUGAUGUUCGCCGAUCACUUGCAUCAAGUAGUGUCUGCCCAGCCUCCUCUCUGCUGUUACUAUUUUCCCCUUUAUAAUUAACAAAUGUCUCCUGGAGUAAUACUUUGAAACUAUGCAAAUAUCCUGCUAUGGCUCAAAGGUUCAUAACUAGUUUAGCAUCCAUUGAUUAUUCUUGCUUCCAUCAGUUUUUACAAUGAUGGCUGCAAAAUGGGGAUUUUUCAAGCUCCCUCUUCCUUUCUGCUCAUCUCACCUGGUGUUCUACUGCAAGAAUGAGCGCCCCCUCUCCCCCAGGUGUUGCUGGUAUUAAAUUUUUUUCUUGGAGGGUCUCCCGCACAGCCAGGGUUGAGACCCACCGAUCUGGUCUAUUCUGAGAAUUGUGUUUCCCUUUAACAAUAUCUUGGCCCUGCUUUGUGAUGGCUACAGCGUUAUUUAUUUAAUUGACCCCCACUGAUGGGCAUUUGGGUGGCCUCCAGCUCAGGGCUUUUACAGAAAAUGCUGCAGUGGACAAUCUUGUACAGCCCAUGCACUUUUUCUAGAAGUCAAAGACCCAGGGUGUAGGAAGCAUGGCUGGGUCAAAACUCUCAAUUGUGAGCAUUAUUGAGGACAAGGCUUAACCGACUGUCUUCCUUGGGAGUGACAGGAUCCUGGCCUGGCAGGUUGUUUCUGCUACCCUGCCAGUCCUCUACCCGCCCAGCCCUGAGUCUAAAAUGAUUCUCGAU